AGUGGAGCAUAAUGAUUUAGAUAUGUCAGACAAUCGUUUCAAGCUGAAGCUAUAAACAGAGAAAGUAACUUUGCCCGUGGAGCAACAACUAACAGCGAGAAAAUCCAUUCACAGAAGAACAUCAUAAUACAAAGGAUAGAAAAAGAUCAUGGGAUUACCCGGAAGAUUCUGGAGCAGCAUUAUGGCAUGACUCUUGAAGAUGCUGCCAAAAGUCUACAUGUUAGUCGAGCAACACUGAAACGAAUUUGUAGAAUAUAUAAUAUCUCUAGAUGGCCACAUCACAAGACUAGAAAUGUUAAUGUCCAUGUUAGCCAAGGCGUAUCUUUUCAAGGUGCUGAACCAUAUGUGAGCGAUCAACAAUGUCCUGUUCUUUCCCAAGAAAAAGGCACAGAUUAUUUGGGUAACAAAAGAUCUGCUGCAACAGGAAAACCUUGUGAUAGUGUGAUGACUUUAAAGGUUACAUAUAGAGGUGAUAUCAUUAAAUUCCAACUCCCCUUUUCAUCAACGAGGAUAGAAUUGGAAGGGGAAGUGGAAAAGAGGCUUAAGAUAUCACUUGAAAGGUUUUCAAUAAAGUAUGAAGAUGAAGAUGACGAUUGGAUUUUGAUAACUACUGAUUCAGAUUUGAGGGUUGGUAUGGAUUCACUAAGGUUGUUGGGAAGGACUAGUAUGAGAUUACUGGUUAUCCCAAAAGCUGAGACAUGAAGGAUUUUUUGUAAGUUUUGUUAUGGUGUUCAUCUUCAUUACAGAAAUGUUAUCUUUUGGUGACAUGGUGUUUCUCUUCCCUGCUGUGUUGUGUGACAUGUCUUUGUGCUCAGUGAACCAAGGUGAUUAAUGUUGUUACGAAUGGGGAACUGUCAAAUUACGAAAAAUGCCUAUAUAUAGAAAAGGAAUCACAAGGAAGAUUUUAGUUAAUACAAUUAUUAAAAUUAAUAGUAUUUUACUUCCACUUUUUGUAAUAUGGAACCACCUAUUAAUGGUAGCCAGAUUGUGUCCCCCGGCUUCAAUUCUUAGGAUCGAAAUAAUUAGGUGUCAUGCGGAAGCAAGCAAAUCAAACUUUGAUAGACCAUGAGUAAUAAGACAAGCAAGAAAUACACAAAAGACACAGAUUUAACAUGGUUCGGUCAACAAACCUACAUUCAACAAGGAGACGAGCAAUCCACUGUAUAAACAUAAGAGUACACAAUAAAUAACUUAAACCAAUUCACUCGCAAUAAAAAGAGGUGUAGUCACUUGUGUCCCACAAUUUUCCCCUCACCAAAAUUCUGAAAGCCUCUAAGACUACAUUGUGAAUGUUAAUUAAGUUAUAAGGAACAAACUUCUAUUUAUAGAGUCCUAAACUUUUUCCUACGAGAAAAGGACUAGCCAAAUAUGAAGUCUUUAAUUAUGUUUUCUUUUUAGGAAAAGGAAAACCUAUUUAUGGUAAGAAACUCAGGGUAAAUAAUACCCAACAAAUGCCACUACGGAUAUAUAUAGACAGUGUAAUGUAAAACUAGUAAGAAAUGCUACAUUGUAGUAUUAUGGAUGAUAAUAUUUAAACAGAAAAGGGCCUAAAAUACCCUCGAAAUAUUGAAAAUGGUACACAACUACCCCUCAUCCACCUAUUGGCUCCCAAAUACCCUUUCCAUCCACCUAUUGGCUCACAAAUACCCUCCACAUCCACCUUUGGGUCCAAUUUUAGCCACUUCAUUAACGGAGCACCAUUUAAAAUAAUUAAAUAAUCCUUUUAAUUACGUGA